AUGAACAAGAACGACCCAGACGAUUAUCAGAAUUUAUUGGAUAAAUUAAGGAACGCACAUCUUUCUCUCAAGGAAUACGUGGCUCGUUGUCAAACAGACUUGAAAACACCUGGAUUUAUCCCAGAUGUGAUACUUUUAGAAGAUCCUGAGAAGCAAAAGGGUUACAGGACUGAAUAUAUCAAUAAUAUUUCUGAAAUCCCACAACCCAAUAAGUUAUACCUAGAUGCCCAUGAACUACAGAGGAGGUGAAUGGAGACCAUUGCCAACAAGGCUGAUCCAACUGAAGUUAAGGAGGAAUUGGCAAACUUCUUUAAAAGAAGAGCUUCCAACCUCCAGCAUAAGAAAUACAAGCUUCUUAUCAGAUGGGCUCAUUAUGUUCAGGGUUCAGAAUCAAUUGAUACAGUUGGCCUUAGACUAGACCCGUUAUUUGCAAAAGUCCAGACGGAGUAUGAUUUAGCCAUUGAGAGAGCAGAUAGGUUAUGACUAGACGAUGGUUUUCAUGACUUUUAUAAGGUCAAAAAGCCUCAUCCUACUGCUACUGAGGGGAAACAUAGUGGAAAACCUCUUUAUAUUGAGUCUGAAGAGCGUCUUCCAUCCAGUUCGCUCAGACAAGAUGAUGUCGAGGUUUAUCUUAGAUCAAAGACAUUCAGAAAUCAAAUUUUUAGAAUCCCAAACAAGCUAAUCUCCCUGAUGAAGUGGAUGAAAUAUACAAACAGGUAUGAAAUUCUUGGAGAGUCAAGAAGAAGCAUGAUCAAGCUCAGGAAUGAAAAUAGGAAGAAACAAAGAGACUUGUGAACUCUUGUCUCAGAUACUCUUAGAGAGAAGCUUGUUAGAGCAGGAAUUGACACUGAAAAAGUUGUCACAGCUGUAGUUGAUACUUAUACCAAGAGCUUAAGAGAUAAGGAAUAUCCUUCUAAAGCUGAGGAGUUACUUAGCACCACUAAGUAUGAUUAUGUUAAACUUCCUCUUCUUCAUACCUUGGCUAUUGAGCUAAAGUUUUGACUGAAAGAGAUCUCUGCAGAAUUCGACAUUACUGGUGACUUAGAAGUCGACAACGGGCAUAGCUUUACCUAUCAAAUCCAGGUCCAUUUUCCAGUUUUGUUUCAAAAGCAUGUAGAGAAUAGCAAGUUUGAUCUCUAUGAUACUUUCCCUGAAGAUGAAGAUGGAGCUCUUAGGAACAAAAAUCCUAAAAAUAACCAACUUGAAAAUCUACAUUCUUAUGCAAAAUCAGAGACGAAAAAGAGUAUGCUUGGUUAUAUAAACACUGAUGACCUGCCACAAAUCACUGGAGAUAUUUCUAAGGAUACUGUGAUUCAGACAGAGUCGUAUACAAAGCUAAGGGGUUCAUACUGGCUGCCUUAUAUCUGCUUUACUCCUAGGAUAGACUCUUUCUACAAAAAGCAAAGUUUGUUGUUUCAAGUCAAAGGUGAUAGCCUACUUUCUUCAUAUUUUGAUUUCUUAGAUGUUAAUGAUUGCAGUGCAGUCAAUAAAAUUCUGGAUGAUGCAUCCAUCUUGCAUACACAGAGAGCACAGAAGAGAAAUCCUCUUAGGACAGAGGGCGGCAAAUUUGUAUCUGUUGAGAAAGAACUUGAGCAGAAUUUAUCCCUGGCUGCAAACAAAGAAAGCGGAAAGAAAUUGAUUGAUUUUGAAAUUGAGCCUCUAAUCGAGCCGAUCCCUGUUCAUAUCGUAAAGGGUCUCUACAUGCUGAGGUAUUUAAAAGCAAGAGAUUUCAAGUCUAAACUCCUUAAUGCAAUGAAUUACUACAGAGAGAUUCAAAAGAGACUGACCUGAGAUAUGGUUGAAAUGGGAUCAAGAGACCGUCUGAAUCUCAACUGUAACAUAGUUUCACCUAAAGAUAUCGCAAAUAAUGCAAAGAAGCUCCUCAAAAAUACCAUGAUUAAUGACUUACUUCUUGAGGCUCUUGAGGCAGAGAGUGAGAUAGACCAUUUUGUGAGUAUAAAAGCAUUCAAGCAUAAGAAAAUGUUUAAACCAAAAGUGACUGCUACCUCCCCAAGUCUCCCCAAGAUUCACAUCGCUUUUGAAGGAUUUGCAGGGCAUUAUUCAGUUUCUGAGGAAGAAGAUGAUAUCAAUUCUGGAGAAAUGCCAUCAGAGCAGGCCAAAAGACUCAGAGGAAGAAUUUGUAAAAGAGAGUUCAAUAAAGAUUACAAUGAUGUAAAAAUCAUCGAUGAAGAAGGAAUUCCAAUAAUCUAUGAUACUGCCCUUCAUGAUAUCGUCAGCUUGGAGAAAGAGCUUAUCCAAAUCGGUACUUUCUACAUCAAAAAGCAGGAAUACCUCAUAGAUGUUGAAAUAAGAGAACCAAUGGCUUCUAUUGAUAGAGGUGCUGUCUCUGCAGAGCUCCUUGAAUAUGAAAAUAAGUUCCAAUAUGCCAAAAUCAGACUCAUCGAGGAACUUAUGGAGUCCUACGAGAACACUGUGGAUAUCCUUGAACAACAAAGAUUUGUACAGAUUAUAAUUGAUAUCAUGGCUAAAAGACCAAGACUAAAUACAGAUGCGACCCACUUUAUUGACUCUUAUAAAUCAGAGAUAGAGUAUCUCACAAAUAUGCGUGAAUUCCUGAACGAACUGGCUAGAAUGCAGAUCAAGAAAGAGAAAGAAAUUGCCAAUGACAUUAGGGAAUAUCUUGAGCUCAAAUACAGAAAGGUCAAUGAGCACAUCAACAGAAAAUGGGAAUACACCAACCCAGACAAGAUUGAUAAAGAAGAGAAUAAAAACACUGCUAAAUCAAGACAGCAUGAAACUGAGAAUGAAGAAAAUGAAAGGGAAGAAAGAGAGAAAAAUCAGCGCCUUGCUAAUAUUGCUAAGCGGCAUAUCACAGACUUUACUAAGAAUUACGACCAAGAUUUUACAGAGGUGCUUGGACUACCAGAAAUCACAGCUGAUGAUCUGUUCAAAAAGAACCGAGAGAAGGAACCAAUUGUGAUAGAUGCUCUUAGACAGCAAUCUCAGUUCAUUAAGAUUGAAGAAGGGUAUCCUCACUUCCCAGAGAAGGAAGAACUUCUGAACUUCUAUGAAAGUGUAGGAUGAAUCACAAGGAUCUACUCUUUAGUAGACACUAUUUUCCAAGAAUGCAUUGAAAUUCAUAAGCCAGAAAAUGGGCAAGCUAUUUCAGCACUUCAUGGCUCAAUCACAAGAUUUUCAAGGUCAAAACUCAAACUUGCCAAGAAUGUAAUCUAUGAUAAAGAUGUAAUGACAGAGGAGGAGAAGACUUUGGUCAACCUCCAAGACGGGUUUCUCUGUGAUUUCCCAGACAAAAUGGUUCUACUUGCUAAAGAAAUGAAGUCAUAUUCUUCUAAUGAAAAAGCUGAGAAUAUUGAUCCUUUCAUCGCAGGUCACUGCGAUCUUGACACUAUUGAGAACUUCGAAUUUAUAGAUGCCAAACAGCUUGAAGAAGACCCUUUCCUUGAUGAAAACGUAACUCUUGAUACUCUUAUCAAGAAAGGGAUGCAAAUCUCUCAAGCUGCUACAAAGUUCCAGUCGAAAAUUAGGCAGGAAGAGAAGGUCAAAGCAAGUGCCAAAAAUGAGGAAGAGAAACAGAAGAAAUUGAACAAACUUAGGUUUAAAGUUCAGAUGCCUUCCCUUCUUUACUUCUACUGUAACAUUGUUGAAGUAUUAAGGCUUCGUGAGAACCUUAUCAAAACUCUGACCGACACAAUCUGUCUUUCAGGGUAUUACAAACAAUUAUGAAAGUAUGCAGGCAGUGAAUUCGAAAGAAUUCAAUUCUCAGAAUGAUUAGGAUUUGAUACCUCUGGAAUCACUAAAGGCAAGAAGAACUUUGUAGAUACUGGAAAAGGAGAUUCACUGGACCAUUCUCUAGUAAUUAGAGAAUUCGACCCAACACUUUUGUCUAACCUUAACUUUGCACAUGGACAAUCAUUCAAACUGUUAAUAACAGAACUAGGAGUUGAAGAGCUCAGAGGUGUCCUACACUACCAAGUGAUGCAACACCAAAUACUCAUGAUUGCAAUUGAGAAGAAUCAGACCAUCUUAGAAAGUGUUUUGAAAGGAAUUAGCGAACUUGACUACCUCUCUUCCAAAGAUGACCUUGAAUUCAUCCUCCCAAACUCCCAUUGAAAAAUGAACCAUGUUUUAUCAAAGAGCGUGGAAGGUUACAACCUGGAUAUCCUCAACAAAGAGAAGAUGAGGCUCAAGAAUAACUUCAAAAAAGAAUGAUCAGAGCAUUUUGCUCCAGUCUUAGCCCCAAAAUCCAAACAAAGGUCCUCAAUUUCAAAGAAGUAUCAAAUUUUUGUUAACAAAUUGACUACUUCGGACUAUAAGAUUGAAGGAAAAUUAAGAAUACUUAGGAAUUAUAGGAUCAAGCUCCUUCAUCAUCUUUGCAGGGAUAUCCUCAAGAAUGCUUACCAAGAGACGCUCAGAACACAGUUGUUGAAAAUCUGUAACGAUCUGAGGAUCAAGUCUAAUCUACUCCCAUUCAAGAAGAAGAAAGAAUUGAUCCUGUUUUGUGGGCUUUGAGAUUACCAAGAGGAUAUCCCAAGAGCUAUGGCAAAGAACAAUAUUCUGCACCAAGACCCUGUGUAUAACAUCGAGAACUAUGAAGAGGGAAAUUUUAAGACACUUUUCUAUGUCCCAAACACUGUUGAGGUUUGAUAUUUAGAGAACAAGAUUCCUCCUGAAUUCUCAUCACAAGGGCAAUUUCCAACAGGAAUAGCAGAGAAAGUGGAUGAAAAUAAUUUGGAAAAACCAAUCCGAGAAGUGAUGGUCCCUAAACCUACUAAGAAGAAGUUCACCGACUUUAAAUAUCUCAAUGAGAGUGCGAAAGGAGGGAUUAUAGAAGCUAAUUUUGCUGAAGCUUACUCUUACGGAGGUAAAGUUUUCGACCUCCUGGUUUACCUCACUCUGGUCAACAAUAUAUUUGAUUUGGAGUAUUCUAUAUGCAAGCUAAACUCUUCAGGAGAGGAUAUCCUCAAUCUUGAGAGUCAGAUAUUCUCAGGCCAAGUCUUUUGGAAGGAUGAAAAAGCACUCUAUGAACCUCAAUUUGGAGUUGAAGAAGGAUCUGAUGAAGAAAAGGAUCAUGAUUUUCCAAUUCCUACUGAGACCAUUUCUGACAAACUCAUUCGUCAAAUUGUCAAAGAAAAACGUGAAAAGAAGCAUCUUGCUGACGAUAUGGAGAACAUUAAAAAUAAUUUCAAGAAAAUAGGACAACUUGUGAAAAAUCCUGACAAUAAAAAUCUCCAAAAGGCUACUAAUAUUCUGAUAAACCAUCAUCAGAUGUUCUAUUACAUCUUCCUGCAUGGAAUGGAGAGAGCCCAAGAUAAAUAUCUUGAAAAGGGCGACCAUACGGAGUUCAGGCUUCUUCAGGAUUACCUGAAUAAUUUUACAAAUAAAUACGAAGGAAUUAUCACAAGGGAUAAUGGAUAUCAUAUAAAUCAAGCCUUAAUUACUCCUAGUGGGUGAGACAUUGAACAAGAGUUCUACACAGAUUAUGAGGAUUUUAACAAAGCUUACCAGCCCGUUGUUGAUGAGAAGUACCUGAUCCCAUCCCAUAUUAGACUGGUUCAUCAGAUUUAUGGUGAAAAGAGUCUGAAUAAUCUAAGAAGGUCACAGUAUAACAGCCAUUUCCCUGAGAGCGGAUACCCUUGCCUCAGAUGGUGCUUCCUCAACCUCAACGAUAUUGAACGAGUAUGUAACUACACUACAUAUAAAUCAGUGAGGGAUGAGCUGGAGGAGUACGGAAAGCUCACUGAGAUCAAUGAGCUUGGAGAUGAAGCUAUUUUCGAAGCCCAGCUUGCCUAUCUUAAAAACAAGAUUCAGUCAAGGCAACUGCGCCAUGCAUUUAUGUGCUUUGAAGGAAAAUGUACCAUGCCUGAAUCAAUAGAAGGUUAUAAAGCUCUCUCAACUUUCUAUAAAGAAGGAUUUUAUUUCAAAGUCAUCUUUGAAAAAGAUAAGGUACUCGAAAGCUAUAAGAAAAAGAAAAUAGCAAGUAUGGAAUUCAAGUCAUCCCAUGGUGAUGGAGAUGAAAUUAGCAAAGAAAGAAUUGAGCAACUCAAACAAAUAGCAGCAUCCAAAGGCCUUGUCCACUCUUCAUACUCUUUGCAAUCAAAUGAGUUUAUCAUUGAUGUUCGAAGGAAUGAACCAGCAAUAAUUGCUAAAGCUGAGAUCUCGUGUAUCCAAAGGGAAUUUGACGUCAUUUUGAUCAAAGAGUCUAUUAAACUAAUUAGCAAGCAUGAUGAAGCUCUUAAAGGAUGUCUUGAAAUGGGAGCUGCAGAUAAUCAAAUAAAUGCUUUUAUUCACCCUUACCAGCAAUUUGCAUCGACUCUGUUUGAAACAGUUGAUAGGAACUCUCAUCUAGAUAUUGUGACAAAAGCAUCUUUUGUUCAGCAAUUUUUGACCAGAUUAAGGAACAGGUGCACAGAAGUUGAGACCCUCACAUCAGGUCCUGGAAUUGUCUUCUCAAUGAAAGACUUCAAUGAUUGUGUCCAAACUCUCUGUAGAGGAAUGAUAAAAUACUGUGAGACUACAGUGAGAUCCAUGAGUGAGACAAAUUCUCUAAAGACUCAGCAGCUUAGUCACCUCGUCUACGUCAACGAGAGACAAAGGGAUUACUACAAGCGGAAGUGUAAAAACUUUGUUGAAGAAAUUGAUAAGAUCAUCAACGCUAAAAUGACUGAGAAAGGUGCUGCCAUAAUCUAUGAGCUAGAUAUCACCCAUCGUGAGCUGCGAAUGCUCAAGGAUAACUACUACCUUAUGGAGAAGAUGAUGCGAGAGGAGAUUAAUAAGCAAUUUAUCGAUGAAAUCACUGAGAAAGACUACCUCCUUAAGAAGUAUAAGGAAGGAUUUGAUGAAUAUAAAGUUAGAGUCAAUAAAGGUAUCAGUAGUGAGGUCUAUAAUGAAAUCACCACUAUUGAAAACAGAGUCAAGGCAAGAGCAAAUGUUUAUAAGAUGACUGAUAUUCAAGGAAUCGAGGACAAGAUCAAACGGCUCCAAGAAGCAGAGCGCCAGAAAGGAAUUCCAGGUUUACAGUCGAUAGAUAGGGAAGUUAAAUUACCUCAAGAUGACGAAUCUAAUUUCUCACCCUCUUUUGAUAAUUACAGGCCUGAUAAUGGUGAUGCAGAUGACACUAAUUAUGGAGCUUAUGAGCCCUAUAUGCCAUCAGCUCGAGAAGAGCUGCUUCAGCUCCAUAGAGCUCUCAGGAACCAAAAGAAUUUCAUGAGGAUCAAAGAAGUAAUGAUGAAAGAAAAACAUGAAAGGGAGAUUUUCAACCUAAAACAACAGCUCACUUCAAACCAAGCUCUGUGGGAGCAGCUAGCUGAGAGUGAAAAGAGAGAAGCCAUUAUGAGACAAGAACUAUUCUUCACGCAACAAAGCCUUGCCACUUGUGAGAAGAUCAUCUCCAAGAUGCAGUCUGAACUAGAGGUGCUCCAGAACCAAAGACUACGUUUGCAACAGUAUAAGAACAAUAAGUCAAAACGUCUUGAUGAACUUGAGAGCAAAGUUCGUCAAAUGGAGAUUCUCGAGAACAUUGAUCUGAACAAACUUUUGGAUGAGCUCCGUGCUAGAGAUCGGAAGUUAACUCAACUGACUAAAGUUGAAAAGAACCUUCAAGGAAAAAUAGAUUCUGUGUACAAAAUUGGAGAACAAAAAGUUGAAGAGAUGAGGCAUAAAUUCCUUCAAGAGAAGAAAAUCAAGGAAAGCGCCUUCGCUAGACUUGACGGACUCAGAAUGGAAAUCAGAGCUAUUGAAGGUCAGGAUAUUGGUGAUGACAUCUGGAAAGAAAAAUGUAAAGAGCUUUUUAGUCUAUGUAAAGAACUCCAGAAGGAAAAUGAGGAACUCAGAAAUACACGUGCUAAUGAGCUUAAUAACAUUGCUACUCCUGAUAUUGGAUCCCUCAGGGAAAAUAUUGAAUCGAUGGCUAGUCAUACACAUGAUGAUAAGAGUUUCAAAAAUGCAUAUAUGGAUAGGAUGGGAGCGAAAACAAUCACCACUAAGCCUUCUACCGCUGCUCAGAAGCACAGACUGCUAGCGAAGAAGAAGGGAUAUAUGAGCGGUGGAUCUCUCGCAGGAGCCUUAGGAAUAAACCAAACAGAAAUGUCUCCAAGAGGGUCCACCAACUCCUCAGCAGUUAAAGGUAUCUACUCCACUACAAAUAAUGCAAAAGAAUAUGAUAGGAAGAGACCUCAUUACUCAGUAGGAAGAUUUGGCAGAAAGGCUCCUCAAUCGCAAGGGAAUAAUGCAAGACAAAGGACUCAGAAGCGUAUAGUCAAAAAGGCUGUUUCAAAGCAAAGGAACCCGUUCGAGUACAACCCAAGACCUCACAUGAAAUCUGAAGAAUCUAGUGGAGGGGUGUUCACUCUUCCUGGAGUGUACAACAGUUCUGACAACUACAUCAAGGGCGUGAAGGCACCGAACCAGGCGAAGAUAAUCGGGUCAAGAAUAAAGCCGCAAUAA